UGGUAUCACUAUAGUGCCGAUUUAUGAAUGCAUUCCAAAAUUAUUUUUCAAAUCUUCAUCUGGGUUACAUAUUAGGCGGCUUACCCAGAAACUUCACAAAUACUUAUCAUUUAUGGAGGUCUGGAAUUCGUAAAAAGAAGGCGAUUCACGCGCCAGAUUAGCGUGCGAUAACACCCCUCCAGACACACUCAGAUCAACUCAGCUGGCGAGAUACUUCACUGGAACGAGAAAAUAACUGUCAAAGACCCAGUACACCAUAUUCCCGCAUUUUGCGCAAAGUUCUUCGACCUUAUACCUUCAACAUGGCGAAGAGUAGCCGAGCAAGUUCAGUAAAGAACAACAACCAACAGCUCAAGAAGAAUGUGUUUGGGCCUGUCGAGUCGGCCAGGACAGAGCGCCUCUCGGCCAAGUUGCUAGAGAUCGCUGCCCAGGCGAAAACAAGUCGGCCAGAGAAUGAGAAGGAAAUGGAAGAUGUUGAGACCACUUCAACAGACCAGAAGACUGCACCUACCGUGACAGAGGAGGAAACCAUGGACAUUGAUUCGGGCGCCAAGGCCGUAAAGAGAAAGUUAACCUUGGGAAGGAAGGGAAUUGAGAAGCGACGGCGGUCAAAGAAGUCGUCUAUCGUGUUUCCUAAAUACAAGGAUAGACAAGCUGCGAAGAAAAUGAAGUGAAGUCUCACCUAGAACCGGGCGAGGAGGGAAAAUAUGUCGGUUAUACCCAAUAUGUCGGUUAUGCCCGCGAAUACGACGAAUGGCCGCCGUAUUAGACAGGGCGGUGGCAAGACAUUGGUGUCGCAUGGGAAUCUUGGAAGAUAUCAAGGCUGUUCUUAUCGACGUGGGAACGUCUAUUUUAAGGCCAAUAUCCAAUCCCCUGGCCGCAUGGACUCCGCAGGAUCUGCUAUCCUUGCGACGGACCAAUCAGCACAGAGCUUCCAAUGCGAGGCUACAGACUAGAAUUCUUAGGUUAGGCACCUUGAGGAAUUUCCCCCCGCG